CUCAGUCUUUCUCCAGUCUCAGCCUCUCAGAAGUCACCACGGCAACUUCGUCUGUUCAAACUCGAAACCAACCUGCUUUCUUCUUCUUCUGCCAUGGAAAUUGGAAACCCUAGCCGUUUUGGCUCCCGUCAACUGCCGUCAACUCUCCCGACGCUGUCAACGGUCUCCGUUAAAUUUCAUAACAGAGUUUCCAGCUCUCUGUCUCUGCUUCGCGCCACGCCCCGUGUCCGCACACUGAGAUGCUCGGCCCUCUCAUCUGCCUCAUUGGCCGACGAAUCAGAGAAGUUUGUAGAAGCCUCGAAGAAGGGGAAUUUAAUUCCUCUGUCUCGGAGCAUAUUCUCAGAUCAUCUAACUCCUGUUCUUGCUUACCGGUGUCUGGUUAAGGAGGAUGAUAGAGAUGCUCCAAGUUUUCUGUUUGAGUCAGUUGAGCCGGGUUCCAACGACUCCAAUGUUGGCCGGUACAGUGUUAUUGGUGCCCAACCAUCCAUUGAAAUCGUGGCUAAGGAGAACAUGGUUACCAUUAUGGACCACAGAGAAGGUUGUAGGACAGAGGAGAUCGUGGAGGAUCCAAUGACUGUUCCUCGGAGAAUCAUGGAGGGAUGGACACCCCAACUUCUUGAUGAACUUCCAGAAGCAUUUUGUGGUGGCUGGGUUGGGUACUUCUCUUAUGAUACAGUACGUUAUGUUGAAAAGAAAAAGCUGCCAUUUCCGAGUGCACCACCAGAUGAUAGAAAUCUUCCUGAUGUUCAUCUUGGUCUUUAUGACGAUGUGAUAGUGUUCGAUCAUGUGGACAAGAAAGCACAUGUAAUUCACUGGGUGCAAUUAGAUCAAUAUUCUUCUGUUGACGAGGCCUUCAAUGAUGGAAUAAAUAGAUUGGAAACAUUGCUAUCUAGAGUGCAUGACAUUAUCACCCCUAGGCUGCCUGCAGGUUCAAUAGAGUUCAACACUCAACUUUUUGGUACUAAAUUGGAGGACUCAAGCUUGACAAGUGAGGAAUAUAAGGAGGCAGUUUUGGAAGCUAAAGAACACAUUCUAGCUGGGGAUAUAUUUCAGAUUGUAUUAAGCCAGCGUUUUGAGAGGCGAACAUUUGCAGACCCAUUUGAAAUUUACCGAGCAUUGAGGAUAGUUAAUCCAAGUCCAUAUAUGACUUAUUUACAGGCUAGAGGCUGUAUUCUGGUUGCUUCAAGUCCAGAAAUUCUGACACGUGUCAAGAAGAAAACGAUCACCAACCGGCCUCUUGCUGGGACAGUUAGAAGAGGAAAAACACCUAAAGAAGAUUUAAUGCUGGAAAAGCAGCUUUUGAAUGAUGAAAAGCAAUGUGCAGAGCAUAUUAUGCUUGUAGACUUGGGAAGGAAUGAUGUUGGGAAGGUCUCAAAACCUGGUUCUGUGAAGGUUGAGGAGCUCAUGAACAUUGAGCGUUAUUCCCAUGUCAUGCACAUAAGUUCAACAGUUACUGGAGAGUUACUUGAUGAUUUAACUAGCUGGGAUGUUCUGCGUACUGCGUUGCCGGUUGGGACAGUCAGUGGAGCACCGAAGGUGAAAGCCAUGGAGCUGAUCGAUAAGCUAGAAGUGACUAGACGUGGUCCAUACAGUGGUGGCUUUGGGGGAAUUUCGUUUUCUGGCAACAUGGACAUUGCCCUUGCUCUGAGAACUAUUGUUUUUCCAACUAGCUUUCGGUAUGAUACAAUGUAUUCAUACAAGGACGCAAACAAGCGCAGAGAGUGGGUCGCUCAUCUCCAAGCCGGGGCAGGAAUUGUUGCUGACAGUGAUCCAGCCGAUGAGCAGAGGGAGUGCGAGAACAAAGCUGCUGCUCUUGCGCGCGCUAUUGAUCUGGCGGAGUCCUCGUUCGUUGAUAAUUGAAUGCGUUUUUUGCUCGUAUACAGAAUCUGGUUUGUAAUAUAUUUCAAGUUUUCCUUAGCAAUUUUUGUCGUGAGUUGAGUUGAGUCGUCUUUUUGUAUGAAUAAUGUGAGUUUGAUAAAAGUAAAAAGAUCUGAUGUUAGGAACUGUAAAUUAUAUCAGAUGAUGGGAAUGUUAACGUUUUAAGCAAA